AUGAACAACAGCCAUCCUGAAGAGUUUAUUCUACUAGGUUUCUCAGACCGUCCUUGGAUGGAUCUUCCUCUCUUUGCUGUUCUUCUUAUAACAUACCCCAUGGCCAUGGUUGGAAAUGUAGCCAUUAUUCUAGUGUCUAGGUUAGAUGCCCGUCUGCACAGCCCCAUGUAUUUCUUCCUCACAAACCUCUCCUUCCUAGACAUGUGCUACAUCACAAGCAUUGUCCCUCAGAUGCUUUUUAACCUGGGAAGUGCUAGGAAGACAAUCAGCUAUAUUGGCUGUGCGGCUCAGCUUUAUUUCUUUCACUUAAUGGGGGGCACAGAAUGUCUGAUUUUGGCUAUCAUGUCUUUUGAUCGCUAUGUGGCUAUCUGCAAGCCUUUGCACUACACCCUCAUCAUGAACCCACGUGUCUGUAUCCUGUUGGUAUCCUCUGUGUGGCUGACUGGAAUCACCUAUGCUGUCUCAGAGGCCACUGCUACCUUACAGUUACCACUGUGUGGCCUCAAUAAAUUGGAUCACUUGGUGUGUGAGAUUCCUGUUCUGAUAAAGGCUGCCUGUGGAGAAAAGGCUGCUAAUGAGCUCACGCUCUCUGUGGUGUGUAUUUUUAUGUUAGCUGUUCCUCUGUGCUUAAUUCUUGCUUCCUAUGCUUGUAUUGGACAUGCUGUAUUUAAAGUUAAGUCUUCUGAGGGAAGGAGGAAGGCCUUUGGGACAUGUUCCUCCCACCUCAUUGUAGUUUUCUUGUUUUAUGGUCCAGCCAUUAGCAUGUACCUUCAGCCCCCCUCUUCCAUCUCAAAGGACCAGCCCAAGUUCAUGGCACUCUUCUAUGGAGUGGUGACACCUGCACUGAACCCUUUUAUCUACACCCUGAGGAAUAAGGAUGUAAAGGGGGCAUUAGCCAACCUAGUGAGGGGCGUAUUCACUUCCAAGUGA